AUGUCUUCCUACGAUGAAGUAGUUCUAGGCCGCCGCUCCAUUCGUGGGUUCCUGAAGAAGCCAGUCCCCAAGCAGCUCGUCAAGGAGGUCAUCGAGCUCGCCCUCAGAGCACCCUCGUCACUCAAUACACAACCCUGUAACUUUUUUAUCGUAUCUGGCAAACCUCUAGAUGCCAUCCGCGCUGAGAACACUCGCAGGAAUCUCGCCGGCGUGCCUGCAUCUCGGGAACCGAGAGGGCAUGGAGAAUAUGCAGGUGCACAUCGGGAACGCCAAAUUGAGGUCGCAAAACAGCUGUUUGCUGCGAUGGAUAUUCCACGGGACGACCAGAAGAAGCGUCUGGAUUGGGUACUGCGAGGGUUUAGACAGUUUGAUGCUCCAGUUUCCAUCGUUGUAACUUACGAUCGCUCGAUCUGGGGAGGUGAUAUUGGACCCUUUGAUACUGGUGCCAUCGUCAACGCCUUGGUAAACGCUGCUUGGUCUCGUGGACUUGGCUGUGUCAUCAACUCGCAGGGCAUUAUGCAAAGUCCUGUUGUUCGAGAGUUCGCCAAAAUUCCGGACGACCAAGUCAUUAUGAUUUGUGUGGCUAUGGGAUUCCCUGACGAUACGUUCCCUGCGAACGCUGUAGUCUCGAAGCGGAAGAAGGUGACCGAGUGCACGACUUUUGUUGGGUUUGAGGAGCAGGAGGAGAGUGCUACUUCAAAACUGUGA